UGGACGAGCCGGGCAGAGGCAGCCAUUGACCCAGGGGGAGAAGAUCUUUCAGAUGAUCCACCCACAACUUAUGAGGUUGCUGAAGAAACCGUUCCAAACAAUGAGCUAGAGAGGGACACCCCAAAACCGGAACCAUCAGCCAUUGAGGAAGAGGAAUGUGAAGAUGUGACGGAGGACACAAUGUCCAGAAGAUGGAGCCUGGAGGCAACAGCUGGUGUGUCACAGGAGGAUGAAGAAGAGGAGGAGCUAAUGCCAUCAGUAGAUGGAGAAUCUGUGGAAUCUGAGACCUUCAUUACUGAGACAGAAUCAGAAUUAGGUGUCCCUCAGAUCAAUGGAGAUCAGCGUGUUCGUUCUUUGCCAUCUGUAAGACAAGAUGCCCACCGAUACCAGCGUGUGGACGAGCCCUUACCUCCCAACUGGGAGGCUCGCAUUGACAGUCAUGGCCGUAUCUUCUUUGUGGAUCAUGUGAACCGCACCACCACAUGGCAGAGACCCACUGGCCCACCAGCUCCUCAGGGUCUGACCCGCUCCAGCUCCAUACAGCAGAUGGAGCAACUCAACCGCAGGUAUCAGAGUAUUCGUAGAACAAUGACCAGUGAAAGGUCUGAGGAACAAAGAGUGGAUGAGCCUCCUUCUGAAGAGACCAACCUGCUGCCCCACUCCAUCUGUGAAUACCGAAGGGACGGCUUUAUGGGUCAAGCCAGCUCACGUUCUCGUCUGGCUUUGCUGCUUCAGUCUCCUGGUGCAAAGUUCCUCUCCAGUCCAGACUUCUUCUCUGUUCUGCAUUCUAAUUCUCGUGCCUAUCGCAUGUUCACAAGUAACACAUGUCUGAAGCACAUGAUCAGUAAAGUUCGACGGGAAGUACAACACUUCGAGCGGUACCAGCACAACCGGGACCUUGUCAGCUUCCUCAAUCUGUUCUCAAACGAGCAGCUGGAGCUGCCACGGGGCUGGGAGAUGAAACACGACCCCACUGGGAAGCCCUUCUUUGUGGAUCAUAACUGUCGUGCCACAUCAUUCAUUGACCCACGGCUGCCCUUACAGAACUCCCGGUCCAGCGUCCUGCUGGCUCACCGACAGCACCUGUCCCGUCAGCGCAGCCACAGUGCAGGAGAGGUAGCAGAUGACUCUCGCUCUCUGAGUCCUCCUGUCCAGGGACGGUCGUCAAGAAACAGUCAGUAUCAGGACUUGGUGCCUAUAGCUUAUAAUGAGAAGAUUGUCGCCUUUCUGCGACAGCCCAACAUUUUUGAGAUUCUGCAAGAGAGACAGCCAGAGCUUGUGAGAAACCACUCGCUUAGAGAGAAGGUACAGUUCAUCCGCAAUGAGGGGCCAACCGGGUUGGCCCGUCUGUCUAGUGAUGCAGACCUAGUUAUAUUGCUCAGCCUGUUUGAAGAGGAAGUGAUGUCUUAUGUGCCGCCCAAUGCCUUACUGCUCUCCAGCUACUCUCAUGCCUCCCCACAGAGCUCCCCUGGAACUCCACGAGCCAAUGCUCGAGCCCCUGCACCCUACAAGCGGGAUUUUGAGGCCAAACUAAGAAACUUUUACCGCAAAAUGGAAACCAAGGGUUACGGGCAGGGCCCAGGAAAAGUGAAGUUAAUAAUUAGAAGAGAUCACCUGCUGGAGGACGCUUUCAACCAGAUCAUGUGUUAUUCUCGCAAAGACCUCCAGAAAAGCAGACUUUAUGUCAGCUUUGUUGGAGAAGAAGGGCUGGACUAUAGUGGACCAUCCAGAGAGUUCUUCUUCCUGGUUUCCCGUGAGCUCUUUAACCCAUACUAUGGACUAUUUGAAUACUCAGCUAAUGACACUUACACUGUGCAGAUCAGCCCCAUGUCAGCCUUUGUGGACAACCAUCAUGAAUGGUUCCGGUUCAGUGGACGCAUCCUGGGGCUUGCUCUAAUUCAUCAGUACCUGUUGGAUGCAUUCUUCACCCGACCCUUCUACAAAGGCCUUCUUCGCAUUCCAUGUGAUUUGAGUGAUCUAGAGUUUUUGGAUGAGGAGUUCCAUCAGAGUCUCCAGUGGAUGAAGGACAAUGACAUUGAAGAUACGCUAGACCUCAACUUUACUGUCAAUGAAGAGGUGUUUGGACAGAUUACAGAGCGUGAGCUGAAGCCGGGUGGGUCUGGCAUCCCUGUGUCAGACAAGAACAAGAAAGAAUACAUUGAACGCAUGGUGAAGUGGCGGAUUGAGAGGGGUGUGGCCCAGCAGACCGAGAGUCUUGUGCGAGGAUUCUAUGAGGUGGUGGACAUCCGUCUCGUCUCCGUGUUUGAUGCCCGAGAGCUGGAGCUGGUCAUUGCUGGGACCGCGGAGAUUGACCUAGCCGACUGGAGAAGCAAUACAGAAUACAGAGGAGGUUACCAUGACAACCACAUAGUGAUUCGAUGGUUCUGGGCUGCAGUGGAGCGUUUCAACAACGAACAGAGACUACGACUCCUUCAGUUUGUUACCGGCACUUCCAGCAUUCCCUAUGAGGGCUUUGCCUCUCUGCGAGGUAGCAAUGGCCCACGUCGAUUCUGUGUGGAGAAAUGGGGCAAAGUGACCUCCCUCCCACGGGCUCACACCUGCUUUAACCGCCUGGAUCUCCCUCCCUACCCCUCCUUCUCCAUGCUCUAUGAGAAGAUGCUCACUGCUGUGGAGGAGACCAGCACCUUUGGUCUGGAGUGAGCUCCAAUCAUAGCCAAAGUGCUACUGAUUUUUUUUUCUUUCCCAGUUCUCCACAGUCUGG